AUGGUUCCCUAGCAAAUUUUAUGGGUAAUUAUUCCUUUAUAAUAAGUUAACAUAGACAUCAAUCCCAGCUAGAAUUUAGUUGAGCUCUACAAACGGAAUAGAGAUCUAACUAACCUGAGUGAGACUCUCUAGAUUAGUCUAAGACAAAGUUUUGAUUAAGACAAUUCCAGCGAUAUCAUUGAAAAGGAUCCCUAAAACCCUAAUUUCAUAUUGAAAAGACCCUCUCAUCACAAAAGAUUGUAUGAGUAAAACAAAGUGCGUUAAGAACUUUAAAGAGUCUUUCAUAGCAAAAAGUUUAGUUUGCCUAAUCCUAUAAUCUUAUCUCCUAAAAAUAAUGCUUCUCAAGUAACUUCAAGGAUCAAUACUUUUCGAGAUUAAAAACCAAUAACAUUUAAGAUUAGUAAGGAUGAUGAAAAAAAGAUGUUGGAUUUACCUCUAUAUGAUGAUUAAGCUGGAAAAAAGCUUAAACUUAGCAAUUUAUACGCCUUAAGUCAUAGAAUUGAAGAAGAAAUUAAGAAGAAGAACAACUAAACUAACAAGAGUAUUGAAACGGCUGAUGGUGUUAUAAAAGAUUUUGAUGGGCCAUUUAGUAAAUAAAACUAUGACAGAUUCAAUGAAGGCAUAAGGACUAAUAUCAAUAAACAAGGAUUAAGAGUAGCAAAUCAAAUUAAUAAUAGUCUAGAGAGUAUCAAGGAAAUUCCAGAGGAUUAUACUUACUAAGGUGAAGUUCAAGAGAUGAAGAAUCCACUGUUGACUCAUGAGAAACUAUUCAUUAUGGAUGCUGCACUUCCAUAGCACGACAUGUAGCAGCUGCUUGGCUUGAAUAAAAAGCAAUUCUUAGAAUUUAGAAAGACUGAGAAAUGGGUGCAGAAAAGAUAAAAUGUUAAUGAUUACUCAUCCAAGGAGAAACAUGUGGAAUUUGCAAAAGAACUAUUUAGAAUCUGGGAUGAUGAUAAUUCAGGAGUUCUAGAUUUGCAGGAAAUAGCUCUACCAUUAGUAUCACUGGGAUUAAGUACUGAUACUGAAUUUGUCACGAAACUUCUUUUAUCCUUGAUUGAUGGAAAUCAGAAAAAAGACAAGAUUGGAGAAAGGAUUUCAAAAGCAGUAAAAGAGGCCUGUAUUGAAAAGAGAGUUUAAGAAUAAAGAGACAAGUAUUAAAAAUCAGCAAAGACUAAGCUUAGAUAAUAAAUGAUGAAUUCUCCUGGCGCAUAAUCGAAUAUCAAUAUUAAUGCUUAAAGGACACUUUAAAGUCCAUUAAAAAGUAGCAUGUCUAUAGCUAUAUUUGAUCCUAGAUUGAAUAACUAAGAUAGCAAUAAAUCAUUUGCAUUCAAUAGUUUUGAUUAAGUUUAGAGCUAACAGAAUCAACAGCAGCUUCAGCCAAUUUAGCAUUCAUCUCAAUAAAACUCUCAUAAUUAGAUGCCUUAAAUCAAUGAGAGACUUACUAACCAUUUUAGUUUUGUUGGAUUCAUACCAGAUGUUAAGAAUCCAUCUCUGAAUGAGCUUAUGGAUCUAGUAGAUGACUGGUGGAAAGAAAUAGAUCCCUAAAAAAAAUGGGAAGCUAAAACUCCAAAAGUGACGCACCUAUUCGUUUCAAAGGGAAUCAGUUAGGAUUUAGAUUCAGCAGUUAAGGUUCUCAGUAAGUACUUAGGCAGCCACUUAGCAAAGGGCAAAAUUUUGAACUAUGAGGAUUUUAAGAGAGUAUUUUGCAGAUGUUUGUUUAAGGAUUCCUUGAUAGACUUAUCUGAAUCUAUCGAGAAUCUUGAGGGGCUUGAUAAGAAUGCUCCACUGGUAUUAAAACUUGGAAUAUAUUAGAGAAAGCUAAUGAUGAAUGGGUUAGAAAAAGAAGGUGAUGAAAAUAUCUAAGGCAGGCAUAUCAUGAAUGCUCUAAAUGAUAUGAGAGAAGACCAUAAAAAGCCAGUUAGAUAUGAGUCUUUUGUUUAAGACCCUUUGGGUAAAAUAGCCAGAGAAAUGGAGGAGAAACGUUCCAAAAAGAGAAAAUAGGACGAUUUCACCAAAAGUAUUAAACUUGGCAAAGGCGAAAAAAAUUAGCAAAUGAGUGAUUUAGACUAGCAAAUGGUAAACAUAGGAAAAGUAGAAGAAAUCAUAGGUUCAAGAGAAAAUUUAGAUGCAUUUCUAUUUAAAAGAUAAAAAUAAAAAAUGAUGGACCUCAAGCAACAACAAAUGAAAAAAUCAAUUAAAAGAAGCAGGCAUCACAAUAAAAUCAGCCUCAUGCCAAUAUCUAAGACAUAAAGUACGAAUUAGAUUGAUUAAAGAGUUAUAGAUUAAUCACCAAAUACCUCGGCUAGGCUAGAUACUCCACCAAAAGUUAACAUUAAAAUAGGAAGGCCUGCUGAAAGGCAAUCUAAUAAUACUUCACCCUAUGUAUUCUCACAAUAAAAAGCCCAAUUUUUCCUUGAAAAUGAAAUGAUUGAUCACUUGAAUCUUACAAAUGCUAUAGCAAUACAAUCUCAUCAUUACCAAGUAAAGGGUAAAUAGAGAAUGGAGGCAGUAAAAUUACCUAAUAUUUAUAAGGAUAAGAAUCUGACAUAGAGGAUUGACGAGAACCAGAAUCUUCUUCAGAAAUUAUAGAAAAUUUUCGAUGAUACAAAUGAUAUUAAUGAGAUGAUUCUGUAAUGA